AUGAGCGCUGACGUGGCGCAGACGGCUGACGUGGCAGAAUCCGCUGAUGGACGGGUGCUGAUCACGUUCGACGUGGACGGCACGCUGAUCCACUCCGUCGGCUCUGAGUCCAAUAAGCUCCAUAAACGCGCGUUCGCGCAUGCAAUGAAGAAGGUGUUCGGCAUCCAAGGCACCAUAGACGCAAUUCAGCACCACGGCAGCACGGACCAGGCAGUGCUGAUUAACACGCUCGAGUUCUACGGCAUUCCCAGACACAUCAGCGAGCCGCAGCUGCCAGUGCUGUGUGAAGCCAUGCUGCAGUACUGUCAAGAGCACGCAGGGGAUGCAGCGGACGGCAUUGCGCUGCUGCCAGGUGUCCGCGCGCUAUUGGAAGAGCUCUCAAACAUGCAGCCCCGUGUGGUGGUGGGACUGGUGACGGGCAAUCUGGAGCCCGUGGCAUGGCUCAAGAUGGCAGGGCUGGAGGUGGAUUCGCUCUUCACAACCCCGCGCAUAGGAGGGUUCGGCAGUGACCACAUGGAUCGGGGAGAGCUGGUUCGGAUAGCGAGGCAGCGAGCAGAGGAGAGAAUUGCUGGGCCGCCCUUUCGGCUGCAUGCACAUGUUGGCGACACGCCCAACGACAUCAUAGCUGCCAGGUUCGGCGGUGCCAAACCUAUCGGCGUCUGCACCGGCAUUUUUUCCAAGGCUGAGCUGCUGGCUGUGCUGCCACCGUGCCAGUCCAUGGGACCAUUCCCGAGCAUAACCACAGUAACGGUGCCUCUGUUAGUGGCAGCAGCAUGGGCACGGCUGGUGCUGUGCUGCAAGAAGCAGUGA